UUCCGGUUCCGCUGGCCCCGCCCCCUCUCCCGAAACACGUGGAUCUCUUCCGGGUUCUUCAUCCUUUGUUCCCUGUUCGUCAGCAGCCCAGAAGCGGGAGUGUUGAUAAAGCUGUAAGAGAGCUGCAGCAGCAGCAGUUGAUGAACUCUGGAAAGAAGUCCAGCAGCUUGAGGAACAUCUGGUCAAAGAAACUGGAGGGAAGCAGGAGCUCAAACAGCGGCAGGACGCAGCAGAGGAAGAGACACCAGAUGAUGGAUGAUGUUUUCCAGCCCAGAUUAGUGCUGCCAGCAGAUGUUAAAGAAGAGGCUCCUGAAGAACAGAGUCCUGAUGUGGAUCAGCAGGAGCCAGAGCCCCUCCAGAUAAAGGAGGAACAGGAGGAACUCUGGACCAGUCAGGAAGGAGAGCAGCUCACUGUGAAGGAGGAGACUGAUACCAGGUUUCCAUUAACUGCAGCUCCUAUCAAGAAUGUUAAAGAAGAGGCUCCUGAAGAACAGAGUCCUGAUCUGGACCAGCAGGAGCUGCAGAUCCUCCACAUAAAGGAGGAAAGUGAAAGAAUCUGGGCCAACCAGGAUGGAGAACAACUGAAUGUGAAGAAGGAGACUGAUGAUACCAGGUUUCCAUUAACUGUUGUUCAUAUGAAGAGUGAAGAGGAUGAAGGGAAACCUCUGUUCUCUCAGCUUCAUCAACAUCAAACAGAAGACAAAGAUCUUCCAAACAGCAGCUCAGGUGACCAGAUAAAAGCAGAAAUUAAAGUAGAGGACUGUGGAGCAGCAGAAUCCAGCAGGAUCCCAGAUCUAAAUACUCAUGGAGACACUUCCAACUAUUCAGAGACUGAAGACAGUGAAGAUGAUGAAGAGGAUCACGACUCUGAGCUAAAACGCAUAUCAGACUCUGAAACUGAAGACAGUGAGGAUGAUUGGAAGGACAGCAGGACUCCAGGAUCAGGCAGAAACACUGUCAACAAAUCUUUGAGCUGCUCUGAGUGUGGAGGAAAAUUUGCUAACAGACGCUCUCUUCAGAGUCACAUGACGUGUCAUCCAAGAUUAACGUCUUCAGAUUGUUCUGGUAAUGAGACGUGUUUCAGAGAAAAUAAAAUAAUGGAUUCACAGACAAAAGUCCAGACGAGUAGUAAAAAUUUAAACUGUGGUGAGUGUGGUAAAAGUUUUGACCAAAUACCAAAACUAAACAGACACAUGACAGUCCACACAGGGGAAAAACCCUUUGGUUGUGAUGCUUGUGAAAAAAGAUUUGCUUACAGGUCAAAUUUAAGUAAACACAAGAGAAUCCACACAGGACACAAACAAUUUGGUUGUGAUGCAUGUGGAAAAAGGUUUUACCAGAUGUCACAUUUAAAAAAACAUAUGAGAAUCCACACAGAAGACAACUCCUUUGGUUGUGGCGCAUGUGGAGAAAAAUUUAAACGAAAAUCAAUUUUAAACCAGCACAUAAAAACCCACACAGGGGACAAACCCCUUGUUUGUGAUAUUUGUGGGAAAAGAUUUAACCGAAAAUCACAUUUAAACCUGCACAAAAAAACCCACACCGGGGAGAAACCCAUUAGUUGUGAUGUUUGUGGAAAAAGAUUUGCUGACCAGUCAUAUUUAAACAAGCAUAUGAGAAUGCACACGGGAGACAAACCCUUUGGUUGUGAUGCAUGUGGAAAAAGAUUUGGCUGGAAGUCACAUUUAAAUGUACACGUGAGAAUCCACACAGGAGAAAAACCUUUUGGAUGUGAUAGUUGUGGAAAAAGAUUUUACCAAAAGUCAGAUUUAAACAAACACCUGAGUAUCCACGUAGGAGACAAACCCUUUAGUUGUGGUACAUGUGGAAAAGAAUUUAACCGAAAAUCAUCUUUUAACCAGCACACAAAAGACCACACACAGGAGAAACCCUUCAGUUGUGAUGCAUGUGGAAAAAAAUUUGCCUACAAGUCACAAAUAAACACACACAGGAGAAUCCACACAAGAAACAAACCCUUUACAUGUAGUAGUUGUGGAAAACAAUUUGCCGACAAGUCAUAUUUCAACAAGCAUAUGAGAAUGCACACAGGAGACUAACCAUUUGAUUGUGAUGCAUGUAGAAAAAAAUUGCUUCAACCUCAAAUUCUUAACAAACUCACAACAAUCCACACAGCAGAGAGAAUCCCUUUGGUUGAGAGGUAGUGCUAAUUUUAUUUUAUUUUAUUUUUUUUGCCUUACCGUCAUCUUUAAACAUACACACACGAGUCCAAACUGGAAAUAAAUAUUUUGGGUGUGAUAAUUGUAGUAAAAACUUUACAUUUGGGUCAAGUAUAAACCAACACAGUAGAAUUUACACGAAAGAAAACUCCUUGCUGGUUAUGAUUGAGGAAAAGAUUUAAGCAUUAUUUAAGCCCCAUUUCGAUCAUAGAGUAGCAAUAAACUUGCAGCCAGGAACACCCCAUUGUGGAUAACUUUGUUCUUUCACAGAAAUAUUUUUAGGAGUUGCUCUCUGGUGGAAUUACCAGUAUUGCAGGAAAGUACUGUACAAAUAAAGAAAAUAAAACACAAA